CGUUCGAAACGAAGCGCCUUCGCAACGCUCGCCACUUUUCUCUUCUAUGAGAUCGCGGAGGUGUUUCUUGAAACAAUCGAUCGGUUAGUCACUCCUGGUCUUGAUACCGUCUUCUUUUUUUCUCUUCAACAUCCUAUCGCAAUCGGGCCGGUGAACCAAGGAAUCAGUGCCGGUGAAUCGUGAAACGGUGGUGUAGAUGCUUCUGUGCUUGAUGGUGGUUGGUGAAACCAGCUGCAGGAAGCGCAUCUGGGGACCUGUUUUCUUCUUUUGAAGUUUCUUCGUUGUUCGAGAGAUCAUGACAUCGUACAGGAGCUAUGGUGAUACAGGAGCAUACAGAAGUAGACCUGGCGUCAGCAUCGCCAGCACAUUCGGUAGAAAUGCUUCCGGUGGAAGUAACCUACCAAGCUGUAGGAGCAGUUAUUCCGGAGUCGGAUCGAGUUCUACUCGAACCGUUGCCAAGGAACGGGCGCUUGCGGGUUUUGGAGGUACUUUUCUUAAAAAAGAUAAGUUCGAGGAGAAACCAGCAUUCAAAUAUUCAUGUACUAAGAAUAUCGAUAAAAGUCGAUUGCAUUCCGGAAGAUCGUCGUCCGAAGACGUGAGGGCGAAAAGUCCGCUAUCUGAUAGUAGGUCGUCUCUCCUUGAGAAGUACUCGUUCUCAGCUGGCAAAACAUCGGAGAGGCCGUCUUCCGUGUUAGACAGAUAUAACCGACCGGCUUCGCGGGAAAAGAGCAGAGAACCCGAAGGAAUAUCGAGGUACGGAUCCAGCACAUAUCCCGGAUCGAGUUUCGGCCGAAGUUACGGUAACGAUGGUAGAACCGAAAAGAAGGAUCAUCCACCGGUUUCCUAUAGAGGAUUACGCCCCAAUUCCGGAAAAACGUCGCGCGAGCCCAGUCCGGAAGUCGGUGUCAGAAAAACGAAUUCUUUCAGAGUCUAUUCACGAGCGCCGUCUUACAGUCGUUCAGCUGCUUCGCCUAAUACAUCCGAAUCGAGCUCAACUACAAUCUCGACGAGAUUUGGCUCGACAGCUGGUUCACGAUUUCUUUCAUCGCGAAGUGGCAACGAACGAAUGCCCACAACUGUAAACUACUCCGCAGGGGGAAGAUUUCGAAAUUUGAACAAUAAAACAACUAAUCGAAAAGAAGAAGAAGAAAAAGAAGAAUCGAAGUUAGCUAUGAAGUCUGACAGAGAUAGUCACGAAUUGUCAAAAACUACAAAUCGAAUAGAAGAGAAGGAGACUAACAAUAAACUUUCUAAUAACGAGUUUGUGACGUUAACGGUAGUGACAAGAGGUACUUCACCGACGCCUCCAGCUUCUUCGUCCUAUGUCAGAAAUAAACGAGCAGAGAUCAACAUCGUUCAACAAAACGAAGUGAUUAAACAUCGAAAACUGGCGGAUACUACUGACGAAGAAAUACAGUGUGAUCAAAUGGAAGAACCGUCAAGAUUCUCGAGGUAUGGUAGCAGUAACAGAGCAUCUGGUGUACCCUGGUAUCUGGAUAAAUAUUCAGGUGCAUCAUCAACUGGUAAUUCAUCUAUUUAUUCGUCUAGAGGAUUUACUAAUGCGAGCUCUUCUAGUGGUAGACUUAACAACUUUGCAUAUAAGAGAAUGAAUGAAGCACCGAAAAAUGAAUCCUUUACCAAAGAAUUAUCGAGUUCAAAUCAAGAAAUUCAUAAUUCUGAUAAUAAAAGUCAAAAUGAGAAACAUUUUAGUGAUUUAAACUGCACAACUAAUGACGAGACUUUAUCAGCAUCCAAUGAUUUGAAGACAUCGUCCAAUGGUCAAAAUAUUCAUAGCAUAAAUAAAGAAGAUAGAAUUCAUGGUAAGGAACGGUGUUGCUGUGGUGCACGAAAGACUGAAACAAACGGAAGCUGCAAUAAUUUAAGAAGUUCCAAUAAUCAGAAUCUCGCUUUUUAUCGCAGAGAAGAUUCAAUAACGCAGGAUUCGCAGGAUGCAUCAAAAUGUGAUGAAUAUAACAAAAACAAACCGUCCCUUUUGCGAUUGAAACAUACUUCAUCAAAGAACGAAGCAAAAAUAUCUAAAUGUUCCUUGAAAACUGAAAUGACAUCAUCGAAACUCAAAGCUUACAAUGAAAGAAGAGGUUCCACUUCCAAAUCUGAUACCAACUCUUCUUCGAAAGAAGAAUCUCUUCGAAUUGUCGAAGGGCAUAAUCAAGAUCAAAAUGAAGAAGUUACUUCUCAAAAGCGUGAUACUUCACAAAGAAAAGAUUCGACAUCGAGCGGUUCUUCACAAAGUCGCUCAGCAUCGACAUCACAAACUCGGAAUAUAUCGACGAAGAAUAUUCCGCGUCAAAUGACGCGAACCAGCUCGUCAGACGGAUCUUCUGUAAACAUGCCAAUUGGCAGAUCGAAAUCAUCGUCAGCUAGUUCGGUGACGAGUCAGGGUAUAAAAAUAAAAACGACAACGCCGCCAUCGCCCGGAAAAUCAUCCACCGGUUCGAUCCCAUCGUCAGUGAAUCUACGACAAGGCGGUUCGCCGGACGCGCGCGGCAAACCACCUGUGCCGAAGAAUGAUACUACGACCGCCGCCACGCCAAAGUGCAACGUGGCAGCGAAGUACGUGAACAAGGAUUUCCGCAAGUCGACCUUGAACAUGGAGAACGGUGACUUAUGCUCUAAAUAUGCGAGAAGAAAUAAAAAUCAGAGGAACAUUUCCGUCAGCUCUCAGGAUUCUGAAAUGACUUCGAACCAUAUUCCCCAGACAGUAUCUUCGGGAUCCUUGACCUCAAUGAAGUCCGGACAAUCGAGGUUCAGGACUCCGUUUGCAGAAUCAAAACCAAUGCUUGGCAGAAAUAGUUCGAAUGGCUCAAUUAAAUGGGAAGAAUCGAAAAGUAGCUCAAAGUCACCUUGCGGAAUAAAAAAGAGGCCACCUGGGACGUUCAGUUCCAGCACUAGUAGUCAGUCGACCUCUGUGAAUUCCUCCAGCAGCGAGGAUGACAAUGAUCAUACUGAUAAGACGGGAUCAAAACGGAGAAGAAAAAGAACAAAAUCGCCUACGCACGAAGUGAAAGGUAAAAUCAGUGCGGGAUCGUCGAAAACAAGCGUGUUGGCGUCGUCGGCUGAUGAUAUGUCAAUGAUGACAGAGAAACCACCUAGACCACCCUCUAAUUCAAGAUCUAAAAGUGAUCGUUCCGUGAAGACAGAAGAAGCCAAGUCUUUUCUGAUGAGAGCAUUAGCGCCAGUAACGAAUUUUUUUAAGAAUAAGAAUCAAGAUUCCGAUGAUACAAAUAAAUCAGACGGUUGGGUUGAGUCUUUUGAAGAAAAUCACGAAGCCAGUAAUAAAUCAGGACAGCCAUCUUCGAAGUCAAUCAGUCAGAAUUUAUCAAAGGAUUCUAGCCUCACUAAUUCCCAAAAGAGUGACGGGGUAAGAGGAAAUAAUAUGAGGGUUCAACAUCAGUCUUCUGGCGAAAAGCCAUGGUGGUUGGAUCCAAAUUCCGAUAAUGUUCCCGAGGGAGUUCAAAGAGCUAGUCCAUGGAAUAAUGACAUUAGUCAAGACACAACGGUUAGCACGGCUUUACCGGAUGACGGUAAGUUAAUUACAUCUACAUAUAUACAUAGAGAAAAUAUAAACUUAAAAUUUGGCGACAAGGAUCAGAAGAACAUGCCUGGUGGUUGGACGAUGUUGCAGCAGAGGAAACAAAAAAAUCACCCUCUCCGUCUUCUGUUUCGAGACGGGGAUCCAGUCGAGGUAGUUUUCGGUCAGCUGAUCGACGAAAUCGCAUCAGGCAUCAGCAGUCCGGUGAACGAGCGUGGUGGAUGA